AUGCCUGCUACACGAACUUACUAUCUUGGCGAUGAAGAGUUUGAUGGCUGGGCAGGCCCAGUCCGAGUCACCUACAACAGCUACAUGAGACAGAAUCUCGAAGGGGGCGCGAAUCCUGUGCUAAAGCGAGCACUCGAAGACAUUUCUGUUCAAGCGGCUCUUGAGCGUGCUUUUUCUACUGUGCAUAUUCGCUCGAGCGUUCACGUCACGACGAUAGAUGAGUUUGGUCAGAGAUUUAACGACGACCCUCAUAUCACCAUCGAGUGCAGCGGAAUCACUGGGCACGUGUACUGCACUGGCUUUGCCUACACUGAGCUGCCUCCGUACUGGUACAGCGACAUGGAGUUUUCUCACGUCAAGUGGGAGGAUCGUACGCCUUCUACCCAAGCCUCGUACUAUGAUUCUCCAGUCGCAGAACAAACACCUGCUGCUAGCGUCUACUACACGGGCCAUGAGCCUAACCCGCCUUCUCCUCCGUUCCCGCAGUGGGUUGCGAGACCAGCCUAUGUUGCGGCUCCGGGAGUUGAAUAUCAGUGGUGGGACGGGACAAGAUUUACCCAUCACAUGGCUUCCCCAGGUGAGACUGGCAGGUCUCCCGGCUACUAA